AGACGAUUCAAUUGUUGUAUUUCCUGCGCUUGAGUUUUUUGUGAAUGGUGAAAAUAACGUGGUAUCAAGUUUUUAUUUUAUUUUUACUGAUUUGUGUUGAAGCUUUGGAUGACCGAUGGAAAGGAUAUGUAUAUAAAUAACUGAUAUGUUUCUAGAGUUUUCGUUUAAAUUCGUAAAAUGAAGUUUUUAAAUACGUUACAAAUUAUUUUAAGAAACCAUCUUCUGGAAAGGAAAUUUACCACUAAAGAUGAAAGUAACGAUAAAGGAAAUAGAAUAGUUCCUUGGUUUAGACAAAGUGUGGCAGCAAUUGGGCCUCUACUCUGUUCGAUGUGUGUUGGCCUGACAAUGGGAUAUUCUACAGGACUCAUUCCCCAACUUCAAGAAUCCACCCAUAAUGGUGAUUCAAUUAUGAUUACUAAAGAAGAUGCAUCAUGGGUAGCUUCCAUGCCAGUGCUUCCAAUGGCAGCUAGCACUUUUAUUGGAGGUUUCUUUAUACAACGAUAUGGAAGAAAAAGAACACAUAUAAUUUCUUGUUUUCCGCAAUUUGCUGGCUGGAUUAUAAUGUAUUUUGCCCUUAAUUUGGAGAUGAUAUUAAUGGGACGGUUUUUAACAGGACUUGCUGCUGGCAUUGUUAGUCCUGCCACUGGCGUUUAUAUUGGAGAAACCAGCGAACCUAAGUAUCGAGGAGUACUUUUAGGUGCUAUUCCCCUUUGCGUCUCUAUCGGCUUAUUAGUAAGCCACCUGCUGGGAACCUUCUUACCGUGGCGAUUGGGUGCUGUUAUUAUCAGUAUAAUUCCAGUUCUGGGUUGGGUAUUAAUGACAUUUACUCCAGAAUCUCCUACUUGGUUAGCACAAAAGGGUUUUAUAGAAAAAGCUGAAAAUUCGUUUCAAUGGCUUAGAGGUUCUUCUGAGGAUGCCCAACAUGAACUGACACAAAUGCUUGCAAAAAUUAAUGAAAAUAGACAAUGUAAGGAUAAAACUAUAAUGGAAAAAUUAAAGGAACUUCGAUGUCCAGAAUUCUGGAAGCCCAUGGCUAUUUUAUUAUUUUUCUUUAUUACAAGUCAAUGGGCAGGAAUCAAUGCAGUUAACUUUUACUCUGUGACAUUUAUGAAGGAAACGCUUGGCAAUUCUUUUAAUGAGUACUUAGCAUCUUUUAUAGUAGAUUGCGUAAGAGUGGUUGCAUCGAUUAUAGCUUGCAUUUUAAUGCGAAAGGUGGGACGCAGACCUCUAGGAAUUGUGAGUGGAAUUGGGACCUUUAUACCAUUGUUUCUUUUAAGUAGCUUUAUUUACUUUACGAAGUCUUAUGGAAUUGAGGACUCUAAAAGCUUAUCUGCAAUACCUAUAACUUCUUUACUUAUGUACAUAUUUUUUAUAACAGCGGGCUUUGUGACUUUACCUUGGAAUCUUAUAGGGGAACUACUGCCUCUCACGGGAAGAAGUUUGGGCAGUGCUAUAGCUUCAUGCACCGGGUAUAUGUCGAUGUUUACAGUUGUGAAAACUAUGCCUUUUUUAUUUGAAAACUUAAGUCCUGAGGGUACAUUUUUAGUUUAUGGUGGUUGUGCUCUAAUUGGCACAGUUUUCAUAAUUUUAUAUAUGCCAGAAACCAAAAACAAAACACUGCAUGAAAUAGAAGAGUUUUUUAAGAAAUAAAAUAUUUGAAGUCAAGCUUCGCAGAUGAUAUUUUAGAUAUUUGGCUGUAAUCGCUUAUAUAAUAAAUGACAAAAAAAUUUA